AUGGGGAUCCGCGAGUUUCCCAGCGGCACGGCGAGGGGCAAGAGCAUGGCGAUUGGCAUGAGGAGGUCUCCUGAUGUCAGUCCCAGGAGGCUGUCAGACAUCAGCCCCCAACUCCGGCAGCUCAAAUAUCUGGUGGUGGAUGAGGCGAUCAAAGAGGACUUGAAAUGGAGGUCAGUGGAAGACCUUACCAGCGCUUCCAUAGGACUCACGUCCAUCGAGGAAAGGAUCCUGCGGAUUACAGGCUAUUACGGCUAUCAGCCUUGGGCUACCAGCUAUAAAAGGGAUGAGCGCUCCCAUGAUUGCACAACACCAGCAGAAGCUCAGACACAAGCUGGAAUGGAAGCUGGUGGAAGAGGGAGCCCAUGUUGCCAAACAUGCUCCAUGAUCCAUCUUAAGAAAAUCUUCUGGGGAAUAGUGGUAGUUCUUGGAGUCUGCUCUUCCUGGUCAGGUUCAACCCAGCUAGCAAAACUGACCUUUAAGAAAUUUGAUGCACCCUUCACUUUGACAUGGUUUGCAACAAACUGGAACUUUUUAUUCUUUCCUUUGUAUUACAUUGGACAUGUUUGUAAGUCAGCUGAAAAACAAUCUCCCCAACAAAGAUACGGGGAAUGUUGUCGGUUUUUUGGAGACAAUGGCUUGACACUGAAGGCAUUUUUUACCAAGGCAGCACCUUUUGGUGUUCUUUGGACACUCACAAACUACCUGUAUUUACAUGCAAUAAAAAAAAUAAACACUACGGAUGUUUCCGUAUUGUUCUGCUGCAACAAAGCUUUUGUGUUCUUGCUUUCGUGGAUUGUUCUCAGGGACAGAUUCAUGGGAGUGAGGAUUGUUGCUGCUAUACUUGCUAUUGCAGGGAUAGUUAUGAUGACUUAUGCAGAUGGAUUCCACAGUCAUUCAGUUAUUGGAAUAGCACUUGUUGUGGGAUCUGCGUCAACGUCAGCUCUUUACAAGGUUUUAUUUAAGCUUCUUCUGGGUAGUGCUAAAUAUGGAGAAGCUGCCUUAUUUUUGUCAGUGUUAGCUGUUUUCAAUAUCCUUUUUGUUACCUGUAUUCCUGUCAUUCUUUACUUUACCAAAGUUGAAUACUGGAGUUCUUUUGAUGCCAUUCCUUGGGGAAGCAUUUGUGGAUUUUCAGUCCUAUUAUUGACAUUCAAUAUUAUAUUAAAUUUUGGGAUUGCUAUUACAUAUCCUACCUUGAUAUCUCUCGGGAUUGUACUAAGCGUACCUGUAAAUGCUAUUGUUGAUCACUACUCGAGUGAUAUUGUCUUCAACAGUGUCCGUGUAAUUGCCAUUGUCAUAAUUGGCUUGGGCUUCCUCCUGCUGCUUCUACCAGAGGAGUGGGAUGAGUGGUUAAUAAAACUUCUUACACGCCUCAAAGUACGAAAGAAGGAAGAAAUUCCAGAAGGAAAUGGAGACAUUGUUUCAGGAUUGCAAAAUAAAAGUAGAAGAACGCGCCCCUCCAUGUCAUCUUUCACGCAUUAAUAUUAUUUUAUGAACAUUCCUUAAUAUUGUAUACUUUAAAUCAUAGCUCUUUUCUUGCAAAGCACAUACGUUCAAUAAGUAAAUAUAUACAGAUGUACAGUUUUGAUAAUAAGAGUCCAAGGCAUCAAGUUUCAGCAUCACUAAAUUGCUUGCACUGUUUCACAUUCAACCUUUCACUUGGGAGAACCUCUCUAAAACAUGAAACACUUUUUAAAUGAAUGUAAUGUAUAAACUAAUGUUCUUUGCAUAUAUGAUUUUACUGAUAAAUCAUGAGAUAGAGGGCAUACAUUUUGAACAUUAUGUACUGAAUAAUACAUUGCACACUGUGAUUUAUGCGUGUGUGCAUGCACACACACAAACA